AUGCUUUUAGUAAACGCAAGUGCCAGGAUCAGAUAUGCUGUGAAUCUCACCCUAUUCUUUUUCUUUACAAAAAUAGUAAUUUGCGUUUUAUGUAAACAUAACAAUACCCUACGCAAUAGCAACAUUUUCCGCCAUAAGAGCAAAAAAAUCUUCCAUGUAGACCUCGUCCGAUCUGAAAAAAAAAUUCCCAAGUGUGCAACCUUUAUCUAUUUUAACAGUCCAUACAAAAAAAUAGACGUCACAGAAAAAGAACAUAAACUCAAUGAUGACUUGAAAAACAUCAUCCUUCUGUUUGGGAGAAUUGCCGAACCGUAUUACCCCAAGACAGCUGAACAGUUCAAUUUUUACAAAGAACCCUACAGUAAAUAUAUCCAUACAGGUGAAAAUACGAGUAACACAAAAUGGAAACACGUUUUUAAGGAUCAUAAAAAAAUUAAUAAAACAAUUUUCCAUGAAAAAGUUUGCCAACUCAAAUUUAAAUGGCCAAUUAACGAAGAUGAAAAUAUUACGGAAAAUAACUUCUACAAUUUCGUCAUAGAAAAAUGCCUGAACAAUAUUAACAUUGUAAAAAAUAAUAUCCACCAUUUGAAGCUCCUUCUCACCAAAGCCAUAGAAAGUAAGAAGGAACCUGCAGGGAGAGGCGACAAGCAGGGCACCCCAGUCGAGGAACAGCGAAAACUCUUCCUCCAUAAUUUGUACGACGAACUGGAGAAAGAAUUCUUCAGCGAAAAUGAAGACACCGAGCAGGGAGAGAGACGGAAUGCGGACCAACAAGGGGACCCCCUCGAAAGAGACAGACGUAGGAGAAAAAUCUUGGAAAAACUGGAAAAUUUGCACCUAAGCGAUAUUUUUAAACAACACAACAGAUCCUACACAAGACUCCUUGUUAACGAAAUUUUUAACAAAGAAUAUCCAUCCAAAAGGACGACAGAUUUAUUCCUUCAUUUACUUUUCCAAACAAAUGUAGAAGAAUUUUCGUAUGAACAUUUUAUAACAUGCCUGAACAGGCUAGGAAAAAAAAUUGAGCUCUUCACAUGCAAUUACAAUUCCAACAUUCACUUUGAUCACUUUUUUUUUCUCAUGAAAAAUGAAUUUAAAAAAAACUCCAUGCAGCUGAAAAAAAAAAAAGCGUGUUCUGCAAAAAUUGCAAAAGCGAAAAGGGAUUACAGUAACGACCCAAGGAAAAGCCUAUCUGCGCAAGGAAAGAAAAAUAGACUCAUCCAACACAGACAUAACAGUGUAACAGAAUGUGGGAAAAAAAAAAGGAAACAAAAUUCGCUUAUCAUACAGCAUGAUGUCAUCGGCAACCAGUUUAAUGACACACAGUGUAAUGUGAAAAAUGAAGACCACUUGCACCAACUCGAAGGUCUGGAUACUCGACAGGCAAAUUUUAUAACUCCUCCCACCUUGAACACGGAGGAAAAUGCAAAGGAAGGUAAAAAGAUGCUCACCGAUGACAUGCAGACCAAUUCCCAAACCGUGGGUACCAACCUGAAGAGUACAGUAAUUCGGCUAUUUAACUACAUCGUCAACAGCAUAAAAAAAAUGGCCCCUAAUGGGUAA